AUAGCAAAUCCUUUUGUACUUCUUCGCGAAGCAGAAAUCUAUCGAUCUGGAAUCGGUAGAGAAUAAACUAAUUUUUGCAUUCGUUUCCUUGAAUCAAAGGAUCGUUUUGUUUACCUCUCUCGUUUGUUUCUGGAUAGAGAUUUAGGGUUUCUGGGUACUUUUGUCGUACCCCUCUUUCGAAAUUUGGUUGCUGCUUCAGACCCAGAGGUCUCUUCUUCCGAUUUGUUCCCUCCCUGUUUUAGGGCUUUUUGGUUUGCAUUUUGGGUUCGUGUGAUCGAGGUUUAGGGUAGGGUUCUAAUCGUUGUUUGUCCACCGGAGAGAGGUAAAAGAUGUAUGCUGAUCGAUUGGAGGCUGAUGGUGCGAGCAGGAAGACGGUAAAGGACCGUCUCAAUGGCGGUUCCGGCGACUUAUCUAUUCGCCGGCGACAAGUCACCGGCAAGAGACAAAGGCAGGAUGACAAGUGGGAGCAUGAUCUUUUUGAGGAAGAUGAACCUCGACUUUCUAAACGCAGAGUUGAUCCCCGAGAUCUUCGUCUGAAGCUCCAGAAGAAACAAGGGUCACAAAGUGGACAAGGGGCUGGUUCCACUGUGCGGGAUCUACGCGAAAAACUGACCGGGACAAUGAAUCCGCAACCAAGAAACCGUGCCCCACCGAAAUCUAAAGUGGAGGCUGCUAGACCAGUCAUGAAGAGCGUGGCAGUUGAAGCUACUGAAACGGAGACUAAAAGAACUUCCAAUCAAGCUACAAGGAGGAGGUUUCCGCAAACAGCCGAUGCAUCAGUGGACAGCUUCCUGGAAUCAUUGGGUCUUGAGAAAUACUCGAUCAAUUUUCAAGCGGAAGAAGUUGAUAUGGCUGCACUUUUGCAUAUGAGUGACGAUGAUCUCAAGGCUAUGAGUAUACCAAUGGGCCCGAGGAAGAAGAUACUUCUUGCUUUGGCGUCUAAACACUGAUGUUGAACUGUAGCUUUAGCUUGGUUGGCAUGGUCUGUACAAGCUUGGUGGCAUAAUCUCCUAGAGGGAUACAUACAUUUUGGUUAUUUGUCUGAAUGAGUCCUGCAUUUAGCACUUGAUUCUCUUUUCUUGUCUGUACUCGUGAGAAGGUUGCCCACCUUAAGGGACAAAAGUAGCCAUUAGACAAGAGCUUUUCUAGAAUUAAAAGUUGUAAUCCUUUUAACAUAGUGAAUCUAUCCUUUUCUCCUCU